AUGAAAUCGAAGCUUAGGAGCAAAUACGAAUAUUUUGAGCCGAUCAGUGCAAGGGAGUUUAAGAACCCUAAAUCCGGCAAAAAGCAGUCUACAUCAAAGACAAGGUUACCGAAGUUCCAAACUCUGAAAUCGAGUACUAAAUAAGUCUAAGUCAAGAAGUAACCGUUCUGCAUCCAAGAAUAAGUUCAUUGAAACAGAAUUGGUUAUUAAGAAUGAGUAUUAUAUGUUUGAUCCUUUACAAUCUUCCCUUGCAUUAGAAUCUAGCAACAGCAACAAACUUGACAGCACGCUAGGAUCAAUGUCUCUCAGUCUAGAGAACUCUUCUGCUCCAAAGCAGCGUACUAGCAUUCAACAGGCAGAGCGUAAAAGUAAACUAGAGUCUCAGAAUAAAUAAAAAUCAGAAGAACAUGAAACCUAAGAGCAAGAGGAUUCCUCUACAACAAAGAGAGGCAAUUAUGUCAAUUAGUAGUCACAAAUUGAACAAGCAGAGAUCCCCAGAAGGAAGAAUUGAUAAAAUAUCAAUGCUUCUAGACGAUACUGCUAGGAAGGCUAAAAGGCAAAGCGGCAGGUUCCCACGACAAAAGACUAUGGGCGUCAAGAAAUAUAUGACAAAACAUAGUACUAAGGCGGUGGUGAAGGGAGCUAAGGAGAAACCCACAAAUUUUGUCCCUAAAAUCACUAAUAUCGAUAUGGCUGCAUACCAGCCCAAAUAGAUCUUUACACAAUAAAACUUUGGACAAUUCUCAUGAUAAUGAGAUGAUGAGCUCCCCAAGAGAGAGGGUUCAUAGAGAUUUUGAAGAUGAGGUGUUCGAAAAACGUCAUUUUUCUAAACAGUCAAUGGAUUGUGACAUAGUUACUGGCGCAAGCUGCUCGCUUCCUCUUGAGGAUGAUACUUUUAGGAGCCUGCUUAAGACCAAAGAUAACUUAAAGAGCAAGUAUGGCAAAAGGAUCACUAAGAAGCUUACAAACCUGAAUUCAACUACUAAAGAGAAUCUAUCUAGCUUUGGUGAUGCGUGCUCUCCAAGGAAGACACUUGGAAUGGUGGCAGAUUUUAAGGAAAGUGGAGACCUUGAUCAUUAUGAAAUUGAUGAAGAGAUCUGCACUACAGACUUUGAGACAGCAGGCUAUAAGGAAAGAGAAGGACAAAUAACUCCUAAAGAACUUCUUAUGAAGAAAACUUCAUCAGAUGGAUUUAUUAGUCGGAGAAUGUCAUCUCACUCUAUUGACGAAAGAGAUCUAAGAAAAGGUAGCGUUUGAAAGAUAAUGAUGGAAGAAGAGACUAAAGGAAAUGGCAACACUCCAUAUCUACCUCAAAGCCUAAACUGGAUGGACGAAAUGCUUAUAAAACCUUUGAAAAAUGAGAAGAUGAGGGAUACCUUGAUGCCUUCUUAUUGCCAACAGAACAGCAGGUCUGGAGACCUGGCUGUCCCGACGUUGAAGCAAUCAAGCGUUCAUAACUCUCCAAGUAUUACUAAAAAGAAUUUAAAGAAGUUUUUCGAUAUUCCAAAUCCUGUGAAUCAGACUAUGGAGGAACGGAAGAUCUGAGAUCUUCAGGUACAAGUAAGCGGACUCAAGAAAGAGAAUAUGGAGCUCCGAAUGAUAAUCAAUAAGCUCCUAGAGAUGGGCAUGAAUUAGGCC